AUGAACGUUAGCAAUUCCACACCGCCGGUAUACCAUCGUUUCCGUCUGGAGGUGACGGUGUGGUACAGUAUCAUGACCUUUCUCAGUACCACCGGAUGCACGCUGUCCAUCCUUCUUCUGUUACUGAUUGCGCUGUCCAAGAAACUGCGUACCCGUUCAAGCGCGCUGUUUCUGAAUCUGCUGCUGCAGGUGGCGCUGCAGUGCGGGGUGGGGAUGCCGCUGCUGGUGCAGUCCUAUCAGGGUGUACCCUUUAGUCUGGCCGGAGAUAAGGAGCUGUGUCGGCGCACCUUUAUCUUCUACUUCAUCAUUGUGCACUGUGUCGACUGGACGGAUCUGAUGAUCGCCGUCAAUCGCUUUAUUGCCGUGUGUUUGCCGCAUAAGUAUCCGCAAUGGACGCGAGGAUUCAGGCUGUACUCCAUGGUAGUGGCUCCGUGGCUGAUCGGUCUAGGCAUCGCCCUGCUGCCGCAAUUCGGCAUCGGCGGCGAAUUCCGCCGCUUCACCUCCUGGGAAUCUUGCGGUGUCUUCUACUACAACGCCACGUGGUCGCUGGUCUUUGUCAUGUUGGGCAUCGGCCUGCCGGUCAGCUCCACUUUCCUGCUGUACCUGACCAUCUUCGCCGUGGUCCUCUACCGCCACUUCCGCGUCCCCGUGGCGCCGGUGGGGAUGGGAGAGGCCACGCGGCGUACGCAGAAGCGCUACCGCAGUGUCCGCAUGUUCUUCGGGGUCUUUGUCUGCUAUGCCGGGUGUCUGCUGCCGCCGCCCAUUGCGAAUGGUUUCUUCCAGAAAGAGUACAGCUCGCAGCCCAUGUUGCAGCUGAUUUUCCGGGCGGUUAUGCUGCUGGGCAAUGCGCUCAUACCGGUGAUAUAUUUAAUUGUCAGCAAGGAUUACCGCGCACAGCUGCGUCUAGGUAAAGAAAAGCUGACCAGUGUGCUGGGUAAGAAGAUCCAGCAACCGGAACUGCUGCGAAUGAGCGGAAUAACGUCCAGCACCAAACAGACCGCCGCGUCCACUAACGCCACCUCCAACGGCUAAUUAUAUAUAUUAACGGUUUGCAUUGCCGAUCCGUAGAGCGCUAGGCUCUACUUCCGUUCAAUGCUUAAUUACGACACCUGCAAUAAAUAUUUAAGUUAUAAAUCAAUUAACAAUUCGUGUACAGAUGCUUUUAAAGUGUGCACUGCUCGUUGUAGGAUUAUGCAUUACGUAUUGUACUUAUUUCCAUGCAUGGACGAUUUCGGCAUACAGCGUACU